UGAGCCUCAGUCGCCAUUUUCUUUGUACCCACUUCUCGUGCAUUACAAUCAUGGGCAAGCAAAACUCAAAGCUCAAGCCAGAGCAGCUCGACGACCUCCUCAAAGUCACUUACUUCGACCGUCGAGAACUCCAACAAUGGUACAAGGGCUUCAUCAAGGAUUGCCCGUCAGGCAUGCUCAACAAGCAAGAGUUCCAAAAGAUUUACAAGCAAUUCUUCCCCUUUGGCGACCCGUCCAAGUUUGCCGACUAUGUCUUCAACGUGUUUGACCGGAAUCGCGACGGCACCAUCAACUUUAAGGAGUUUAUUUGCGCGCUCUCCAUCACAUCGCGCGGCAACCUUGAUGAAAAGCUCGAGUGGGCCUUCCAGCUGUACGAUCUCGACGGCGACGGCUUCAUCACCCGCGACGAAAUGCUUCAGAUUGUGGACGCCAUCUACAAGAUGGUUGGCAACAUGAUGGCGCUGCCUGCAGACGAGGACACCCCUGAAAAGCGCGUCAACAAGAUUUUCUCGCAAAUGGACAAGAACGCUGAUGGCAGGUUGACCAUCGAAGAGUUCAGGGAGGGCUCGCGCAACGACCCGUCCAUUGUGCAGGCUCUGUCCCUGUAUGAUGGUUUGAUUUGAAACACAAGGCCAGCUUUUGUUGUUUGUGGCGUCUGUCGCGUUUAAGUCUUGUCUCCUCCUUCCACUUUCUGCUUGGUUCUACCCCCCCACCCCCUCUGCUUUGUUUUCGAUAGCUUUGCCGAUUAUUUUCUGAUGCGGGUUUUGUGUGCAAAUCCCCCCCCCCCGCCAUUUGUCGUUCUUUGUCUUGUUUGGACGAAUACACUUGCAUGAACAA